GCCAUCCCAUUGGGUUAUGCCGUUAGGCAUUUCUCGUGCGGCCUAACACCGACCCUCCGAAUUCAACUCGCUUGUCACUCCACUCUCUCUCUUGCGCGCGCGCUUUGUUUAGGGUGACACUGUCGAACGUCGUCGAUCCGAAUGGUCCCGAUCUGAUACGCCCAUCCCCACAGCGAAACCCUGCGCCCUCCUCUCCGAUCUCGAGAAUGGAGCCAGACGUGAGCAUCGAGACUUCGUGCAUGAUCCGAGUGGCGGUCCUGCCGAUCGGGACGGUCCCGCAGAGCCUCCUGCGGGAGUACCGGUCGAUGCUGGAGCGGCACCAGACGAUCCCGCUCUCGGGGAUGAGCUCGUUCUACACGGAGCAUCAGAAGUCGCCGUUCGCGCAUCAGCCCUGGGACUCCGGCAGCCUCCGGUUCAAGUUCGUCCUCGGCGGCUCCCCGCCCAGUCCCUGGGAAGACUUCCAGUCCAACCGCAAGAUCCUCGCUGUCAUCGGCAUCUGCCACUGCCCUUCCUCCCCAGAUCUCGACUCCGUCAUCGACCAUUUCGGCUCCGCCUGCAAGGGUUACUCGUCCGCGCUCGUCCACCGCUGCUUCGCUUUUUGCCCCGGCGAUUCGCAGCUGGAGGACGGCAGUAAAAAGGGGGGUAACUUAAUGUUGUUUCCACCUUCUGACCUUCAAACUCAAGAGUUCCACUUGCAGACGAUGAUGCAAGACAUUGCUGCCUCAUUGUUGAUGGAAUUUGAAAAGUGGGUUCUUAAGGCAGAAUCUGCUGGAACUAUACUGAAGACGCCGUUAGAUUCUCAAGCCAGUCUCAGCUCAGAGGAGGUCAUCAAGGCCAAAAAGCGAAGACUUGCCCGGGCACAAAAGACUAUAGGUGAUUACUGUUUGUUGGCAGGAUCACCUGUUGAUGCUAAUGCCCACUAUUCUACUGCAUUAGAGCUUGCAAGAUUGACUGGUGAUUACUUUUGGUAUGCUGGGGCGAUAGAGGGUAGCGUUUGUGCUUUACUGCUAGACCGAAUGGGCCAAAACGAUCCGGUUUUGGAGGAGGAGGUUAGGUAUCGGUACAAUAGUGUCAUCUUGCAUUACAGGAAGUCAUUUAUACAAGACAAUGCUCAGAGAGUUUCACCCCUAAGCUUUGAACUUGAGGCCACAUUGAAAUUGGCAAGGUUCCUUUGCAGAAGAGAGCUGGCUAAGGAGGUAGUGGAGUUGUUGACAAGUGCUGCCGAUGGUGCUAAAUCAUUAAUUGAUGCCAGUGAUAGGCUAAUAUUAUUUGUUGAAAUAGCCCGUUUAUAUGGCGCUCUUGGUUAUCAGCGAAAAGCUGCCUUUUUUUCGAGGCAGGUUGCUCAGUUGUAUCUGCAACAAGAAAAUAGACUGGCUGCUAUUAGUGCCAUGCAAGUUUUGGCAAUGACAACAAAGGCGUAUCGUGUUCAAAGUAGAGCAUACACCUCUGAACCUUCUCUUCCUGAUAGGCAAAUUGUAUCAAGUCAUGCUGAUGGCGGGAAAAUGCAUCAUCAGUCAGUAGUCUCCUUAUUCGAGUGUCAAUGGAGCACACUGCAGAUGGUUGUACUAAGAGAGAUUCUGAUCUCGGCAGUUCGUGCGGGAGAUCCUCUUGCUGCAUGGAGUGCAGCGGCACGCCUACUAAGAUCUUAUUAUCCUCUAAUCACACCUGCCGGGCAAAAUGGCCUGGCUAGUGCACUCUCAAGUUCAGCAGAUAGGCUUCCAUCAGGAACACGCUGUGCUGAUCCUGCCUUACCUUUCAUAAGGUUGUAUUCUUUUCCUCUCCAUCCCUCACAAAUGGACAUUGUAAAACGCAAUUCAGCAAGAGAAGAUUGGUGGGCUGGAUCUGCUCCUUCUGGGCCUUUUAUUUAUACGCCAUUCAGCAAAGGAGAGCCAAAUAAUAGCAGCAAACAGGAGCUGACCUGGGUGGUCGGAGAACCCGUCCAGGUCUUGGUGGAGUUAGCAAAUCCAUGUGGGUUUGACUUAAGGGUUGAUAGUAUCUAUCUCUCCGUGCAUUCUGGAAAUUUUGAUGCUUUCCCUGUUAGCGUGAAUCUUCCGCCUAAUUUAUCAAAGGUGAUCACCUUAUCAGGAAUCCCAACUUCAGUUGGGCCAGUGACAAUUCCUGGGUGCAUGGUUCAUUGUUUUGGUGUUAUUACUGAACACCUGUUCAGGGAUGUUGACAAUCUGUUACUUGGAGCAACACAAGGACUAGUGCUUUCUGACCCUUUUCGAUGCUGUGGAUCUGCAAAGUUGAGGAAUUUAUCUGUUCCAAAUAUUUCUGUUGUACUGCCACUGCCAUUGCUAGUGUCACACGUUGUUGGUGGUGAUGGUGCCAUUAUAUUAUAUGAAGGUGAAAUUCGCGAUGUAUGGAUUAACCUGGCUAAUGCAGGUACAGUUCCAGUUGAGCAGACACAUAUUUCACUAUCAGGGAAAAACCAAGAUUGUGUCACCUCAGUGGCAUAUGAAACCCUAAAAGCUGCCCUCCCUUUGAAGCCUGGUGCAGAAGUGACCAUACCUGUGACCUUAAAAGCCUGGCAACUUGGCUUAUUGGAUUCUGAUGGCAGGAGUGCCUCUGGUAGCAUGGUAAGGCACUCCAAAGAUGGAAACAGCCCCACAUUGUUGAUCCAUUAUGCAGGGCCACUGUCAAAUUCUGUAGUUCCUCCAAAAAGUGGGUCUGCUGUGCCACCUGGUAGACGACUGGCUGUUCCUUUGCAGAUUUGUGUUUUGCAGGGUUUGUCCUUUGUAAAGGCUCGAUUGCUUUCAAUGGAAAUACCUGCCUGCGUGGGUGAAAGCCUUCCUAAGCCGGUUGAUGUGGAUAAUAUCUCUACUGAAGGAGCUAUUGGUUCUGAAGGUAAAAUAGACAGAUUGGUGAAAAUUGAUCCUUUUAGAGGAAGUUGGGGACUUCGAUUUCUUGAACUCGAGUUGUCUAAUCCAACUGAUGUUGUGUUUGACAUUAGUGUUUCUGUUCAGUUGAAGAACUCUGGCAAUGAGGAUAACCUUUCUGCUGACCAUGAUGCUACUGAUUACGGUUAUCCUAAAACUAGAAUUGAUAGGGAUUGCUCUGCGAGGGUACUAAUACCACUGGAGCAUUUUAAAUUACCUAUUCUUGAUGGUUCCUUUUUUAUGAAGGAUAUUCAGGCAAAUGGGAUUGAUGGUGGCAGAAGUUCAAUUUUUUCAGAAAAAAAUACCAAGGCUGAACUGAAUGCUUCUAUCAAGAACCUCAUAUCUAGAAUAAAAGUAAGGUGGCAUUCAGGGCAGAAUAGCUCUGGAGAAGUAAAUAUUAAGGAUGCUAUACAGGCAGCACUCCAGACAUCUGUAAUGGAUGUACUGCUGCCAGAUCCAUUGACAUUUGGCUUUAGGCUUGCUAGAAAUGAUCUUGAGCCUGCAAAACUUGAUUCACCUAUAGAGUUCGAUAAUCAUGUUCACUCGGCUGCGUCUAGAGGUUCUGUGCUAGCACAUGACAUGACUCCUAUGGAAGUUCUGGUUCGUAAUAACACCAAGGAUAUGAUUAAAUUGGGUCUCAGUAUUACAUGCCGAGAUGUAGCUGGAGAAAAUUGUGUAGAGGGUGCCAAGGCAACUGUCCUAUGGGCUGGCGUUCUGAAUGGGAUCACUAUGGAGAUUCCGCCACUUCAAGAAAUCAAGCAAUCUUUCUCUUUGUAUUUUCUCGUCCCCGGUGAAUAUACACUGGUUGCUGCUGCAUUGAUAGAUGAUGCUAAUGACAUCCUCAGGGCUCGAGCAAGGACCAAUUCUCCUGAUGAGCCUAUUUUCUGUUGUGGACCUCCAUAUAAUGUCCGUGUCAUUGGGACUGCAUGACAGUUUUUGGUCUGUCCGUAUUGAUUGGGUAAUCUCAUUGCAGAUCACAGUAGAUUUAAGGAUACUGCUCGAAGUAGAUAAAAGUACCAAUUUUUUUUAUUUGGCAGCAGCAUGAGUUACGCAUUGCCUUUUCUUUAUAUACCUCUUUCAGUGAACUCCCUUCCACCCAAAAACGAAGUCCUUUUUUUUUUUUUUUUUGUUUGCUUGUAAAUCCAUGUUUGAGGCAUUGUAUUGAAACACUAUGUUUUGUUGUUAGGAGUUUUGAGGCUGUAUCUGCUUGUACUGUUGUGAAAUAAUUUGUUGCGUUUUACACGGGAAAGAAAUUGAUGUUAGGUA